AUGAUCUAUUUGAAAUCUAUGUUGAAAGUGAUCGAUAAUUCCGGUGCGCAACUUGCUGAAUGUAUUAAAGUGAUAAGAAAGGGUUCGCCGAAAUCGCCAGGUAGGAUGGGUGAUAGGAUUGUCUGUGUUGUUCAAAAAGCUAAACCUUUGACGCAGAAUAUUACAGGAACUGUGAAUACAAAUAGAGUAAAGAAAGGUGAUAUUGUUCAUGCUAUAAUUGUGAGGACGAAACAGACCAAUAUGAUGAGACCUGAUGGUUCCUACGUGAGUUUUGGGGAUAAUGCAUGUGUAUUGAUAAAUAAAAACACAGGUGAACCCUUAGGGACAAGAAUAAUGAGUAAUGAUGGUUGUGUUGGGAGAGAAUUAAGAGAAAAAGGAUUGAACAGGAUAUGUUCAUUAGCAAGUAAAGUUAUCUAA